AGGCGAUAUUAAGCGCCCGGGGGAAGAGCAACUUCGCGUCACACGACUGUUGUCAUGACCAGCCGUCGUGUAAAGAUCCUCACAGGCUGCCUGAACAAGAGCAACAUACCUGGGUUCGGUCGCCUUGCUCUCUCGCCUUGGCAUCCGUGCUUGACCUUGGAAACUCGAAAUGGCUGGCUGGCUGCCCUCAAGCCUCCCGUGGUUGACUAGGGGUCCGGGGCGUCCGGAUGCCUCUGCGCUCAAUACUUCAAAGAAAACAACAACGAGGUGACGUUACGGUUGCUGCGAUACGUGGCUGCCAUGGGUCCCACCCUGGGUCUAAGAGCCAGUGAUUACUUGCUUACACCGCUGAUUAGACCGCAGCAAAAUUCAAGAUCAACCCAAGGGACCGUGAGCCUCAAGACUGUCGACAACUUCCUAGACCCUGCUCAAAAGGGUGGUUCGCCCGUUGACUCACCGAAGUUCAGAUCAAGGCAUAUGCCACGGUUGGCUAGCCCUAGGCAACAAACUUUGACGGGCCGGGCCAUGGAAGCCUUGGGGCCACCUUUAACAAGGCUCAGGGGUGAAAGUGUUCUGAAUUAUCCGAGACUAUUCUGGAACUUCUACCGACGGGAAUUUCAUCCCGCUCCUAGGAUGCUGAAGGUCAUGGAGCCUGUGUCAGGCGCUCUUCCGUAUGGUCAAUCAACGACACAGCACCACAACAUUGCGGACACGUCAGAGCGGAGGGCUGACGUGGACACGAAAGGUCAUGGAAUUUCUACACCCUGGGGACAGAGACGCGCGCUAUGAUAUCACUGACAGAAGACACCUGAUUUGGGCUUAUAGAUGCGUGAUGGCGAGCUGGGCCAUCUUCUGCUCCCCACAAGGAUCGAGUCGCAUUUGUCUCUGCUCGCGCUCUCGUCUACUACUGCUCAUUUCUUAUCU